AUGGACCGGGACAAAUUUGCCCGGGCGAUUCAAUCGUGCACGACUCUGUCCGCCGGGAGAGAGAUCCACGCCCGAUUCGCGACUGUGCUGAGCACCGGCGACAUUUAUCUCUCGCACAAGCUGCUAGAGAUGUAUGGGAAGUGUGGCAGCGCCGCAAGCGCGAGAGUGGUCUUUGAUUCCAUCCCGAGCAAGGAUUUCUACUCGUGGGAUCUCAUGCUGUCCGCCUACGCGCGCAAUGGCUGCGUCGACGAGGCCGAGUUUGUGUUCCAUGCGAUGCCGGACAGAGCGAUCGUCUCCUGGAACGUUCUCCUGUCCGCGCUUGCCAAGGCGGGGAAAUUGCGACGAGCCAGGCGGUUGUUUGAUGAAAUUCUUGAUCCCAACUUGAUCUCUUGGACCACGAUCGUAGCUGGGUAUGCGCAGUUUGGCCAGAUUGCGGAAGCAAAAUACCUCUUUGAUCGAAUGCCCGAGAGGAACGUCUCCUCCUGGAACGCUCUUCUUUCUGCUUAUGCCCAGAGCGGGCAAUCGAUCGAGGCGAAGCAGCUGUUUGAUUUGAUUCCAGUCCCAAACAUGAGCUCCUGGACAGUGAUUGUCGGAAUCUGCGCUCGCAGUGGCAAAAUUGAAGAGGCCAAGAGAUGUUUCGAUAAAAUGCCAAUGCGUGAUCUCAUUCUCUUCACGAUGAUGCUCACAGCAUAUGCCCAAAAUGGGCAUAUUCUCCAAGCAAGAGCCUUGUUCAGCGAGUGUCCACAGUGGGAUCUAGUGUCGUGGACCGCCAUGUUGACCGCCUAUUCCGAGAGUGGCGAUUUCGGAAUGGCCAAGGAGAUCUUCGACCAAAUGGAGGUUCAGGAUCUCAUCUCCUGGACCGCCAUCCUGACCGUCUAUGCCCACAACGGGCGCCUAGCGGACGCUCGAGAUGUGUUUCAACGAAUGCCGCAGAGGGACCUGGUGACGUGUACUGCCAUGUUGGCCGCUUAUGCCCAAUCAGGGCAACUUGAUCAAGCGAAAAGGAUCUUCGACGAGAUGCCCCAGCGGGACUUGGUGACGUGGAGUGCCAUGCUGGCAGCUUAUGCCACGCAAGGGCAUCUGGAGGAGGCAAGGACGGUGUUUGAAGCUAUGCCAGAGAGGAAUCAAGUGACGUGGACGUCCAUGCUGGCAGCUUAUGCCGGAAUGUCUUACGUGGAGCAUGCCAAGCAGGUCUUUGACGCCAUGCCCGAGCAAGACGUGGUCGCAUAUAACGCAAUGGUUGCGGUAUACGCCCAUAACCGGCAUUUGGAGGAAGCAAAGCUUAUGUUUGAUUCAAUGUCGCAGCGAGACCUAAUCUCGUGGAGCGUUAUGGUUGUGGCGUAUACCCAACAUGGGCAUAUAGGUCUCGGCAGGAGGAUCUUCGAUCGGAUGCCUUCUCAGGACAUGAUCUCUCAAAGUGGAAUGCUGGCUGCUUACGCAUAUACUGGCAGUCCAAGCAGCGCAUUUGAUCUCUUGGACGAGAUGAGACUGAUUGAUCCGCCCGACGAGAGCUGCAUUGCAUCGCUGCUCAUUGCUUGCAGCCGCCUGGGAAGAGUUUUCGAUGCUCGAUGCUGGAUGACCUCGAUGAAGUUUGACUAUGGGAGGAGCCCAACAAAGCAGCACUACACUUGCAUGGUGGAUGUUCUUGGGCGAUCUGGGUAUCUCACAGAUGCAAGGGAUCUCUUAGAUUCCAUGCCUUUUAUGCCUGAUACUUUGGAGUGGACGUGCUUUCUCUCGGCGUGUUUCGAUCACAACCAACUGGAAUUUGGAGUAGAAGCGGCCAAGAGCGUUCUAAACUCCUUCCCAAAACAUGGGGCUUUGUAUGUGCUGCUCUCCAAUUCCUUGCAAGGAAAGGCGUUGACUGGACUGACUAGACUUUACCGUUGA